UACAUAAAAGAAGAAAGCAGAAAGCAUAGGAAUUGGGGAUGGAAGAAGCUUUUCCUCUCUCUUUCUCUUACACUCUCAAAGACUCUUCCUUUUUCUUUCUCUUUCAUAUUUUCUCGGGAAAAUUUUUAUUAAGAAGGGGAGGAGGUUUAAUUCAUUAGACCAUUUUAGUCUUAGAUAUGUAAAAAUUUUGUCUUUAACUUUCUAGCUGGAAGUAAGUGAAGCGUUGUUCUUUUGACAAAUGAAAGUAUGUGCUGUGGAUCGGAGCGGUUGAAGCCCUCACUGACUCCGACACUGCCUCUGAUUUCCUUUGAAGAAAGUAGACAAGCCAAUAUAGACAUGAAUCACUUAACUGUUGAGACUGAAGAUACUUUUGCAAGCUUGCUUGAGCUUGCAGCUAACAAUGAUGUUGAGGGCUUUAAGCGAUGGAUUGAGCGCGAUCCUUUGUGUGUUGAUGAGGUUGGACUAUGGUAUGGUCGUCAAAAGGGCUCUAAGCAGAUGGUUAAUCAACAUCGAACCCCAUUGAUGGUUGCUGCAACUUAUGGUAGCAUUGGUGUUAUAAAGCUUGUUCUUUCUGUAUCAGAUGCUGAUGUCAAUUUCUCUUGUGGCCUAGAUAAUAGCACUGCCCUUCAUUGUGCUGCUUCAGGCGGAGCAGUGAAUGUUAUUGAUGCUGUGAAACUGCUUUUAGCAGCAGGUGCUGAUCCUAAGUUGGUAGAUGCUAAUGGUAAUUGUCCAAUUGAUGUUAUUGUUGUUCCACCAAACCUCCAAGGUGUGAAAUUUACUCUUAAAGAACUUCUUGCCACUGAUGGUUCUGUCGUUGAUCACAAUCUGAGAAUUUCCACUGCGUCCUCAAAUUCAAUUUCUCCACCUCCUUCGCCUUCCGUGGAAAAUGGUUCUCCACUGUCUACAUCAGAUUCCCCAAUAAAGUCAAAAUUAAAUGAUGCACCUGUUUCCUCUGCAUCUGAGAAAAAAGAAUAUCCAAUUGAUCCAUCUCUGCCAGAUAUCAAGAACAGUAUCUAUUCAACUGAUGAAUUCCGAAUGUAUUCGUUCAAGGUGAGGCCUUGUUCCCGUGCCUACUCCCAUGAUUGGACCGAGUGCCCAUUUGUUCAUCCAGGGGAAAAUGCUCGAAGAAGAGAUCCUAGGAAGUUCCAUUACAGCUGUGUUCCAUGUCCUGAUUUUCGGAAAGGGGCUUGUAGACGAGGAGAUAUGUGCGAAUAUGCUCAUGGAGUCUUCGAGUGCUGGCUUCAUCCUGCUCAAUAUCGAACCCGGCUUUGCAAAGAUGGGACAAGUUGUGCAAGGAGAGUUUGCUUCUUCGCCCACACUGUGGAGGAACUCCGUCCAUUAUAUGUAUCCACUGGUUCUGCGGUUCCUUCUCCUCGCUCUAGCACUUCUGGUGCUAAUGCUGUGGAUUUUGCUCAAGCAAUGAGCCUCUUGCCAGGUUCUCCUUCUCCAGUAUCUGUUAUGUCUCCUUCGCAAUUCACUCCGCCUAUGUCUCCGUCAGCCAAUGGGAUGUCACACUCUUCGAUGGCUUGGCCCCAACCAAAUGUCCCAGCCUUGCAUCUCCCAGGAAGCAAUCUUCAGUCCAGUCGCUUGAGAUCUUCCCUUAAUGCCAGAGACAUUCCUGCUGAGGACUACAGUUUGCUGCAAGAUUUUGAUCUGCAGCAGCAGCAGCAGCAGCUACUAAAUGAGCUAUCUAGUAUCACUCAACCAUCUCUGAGUAAUAACUCCUUGAACCGUUCUGGUCGUAUGAAAACCUUAACCCCAUCAAAUCUUGAUGAUCUCUUUUCUGCGGAGAGCUCUUCUCCUCGUUAUGCUGAUCAAGCAUUGGCUGCAGCUGUUUUUUCUCCAACUCACAAGUCCACAGUUCUCAAUCAGUUCCAGCAGCAGAGCAGCAUGUUAUCACUGAUCAACACAAAUUUUUCUCCUAAGAAUGUUGAUCACCCUCUGAUGCAGGCCUCGUUUGCAUCAGGAAGGAUGUCACCUCGAAAUAUGGAACCCAUUUCACCUAUGAGUUCUCAAGUGUCUAUGUUUUCUCAACGCGAGAAGCAACAGCAGCAGUUUCGUAGCCUCAGUUCUCGGGAAUUAGGCUCCAACUCUACUGCCAUUGUUGGCUCCCCUGUAAAUUCUUGGUCAAAAUGGGGUUCCUCAAAUGGGAAAGCAGAUUGGACAGUGAGUGCUGAUGAUUUUGGUAAACUUCGUCGAUCAAAUUCAUUUGAGCUUGGUAAUGGAGAGGAGCCUGAUCUAUCAUGGGUGCAAUCACUAGUUAAGGAAUCUCCAACUGAGAUGAAGGAAAAGUUGACCAAGCCUAUCUCAACUGGUGAUGCAACUGUUGCUUCUUCAAGCGGGGGUAUGAAUAUGAACUCCCAAAUCGAUUCGGUUGACCAUGCAGUGGGGGCAUGGAUGGAGCAAUUGCAGAUUGAUCAGCAUAAGCUUGUGGCUCAGCAAAAUUGAAAUCAUUUUACCGAGUCUUCAAGAUUUUGGUAGAUAAUUUUAGUGUUGUUGAAGGUAACAGUAACAAAAGAGGAAAGGGAAGUGAGAAAGGUCACUUUAAAAAGGGAAAAUAUUCAUUUUCACCAUUUUAUUAUUACAGAAGAAUUUAGAGGUCAAAAAAAAGAAAAAAGGGGAGAUAAACUUCUGGGUUAGAAUCAAAAGAAAUUAAACCCAGGUAGGUUUACUUUUUUGCAUUCAAUAUUUUCAAAUUUUAGAUUUCUAUUAUUGUCAAUUUUUUUUAAGCCUCUUUCUGAUGAGCAAUAUAACUAAAUAGCUGUGUCUGUCUUAUCUUAAAUUCAGUAUGACCUUAAAAAUCAAUAGAGAGCUAUGAGACCAAUUAAAGUAUUUUCUUGAAGGCUGUUCAGUUCUUAUAUCCUACUAUAUAUAUAUAUAUAUAUAUAUGGAAAUGGAACAUGGGAAUGGGAUAGGUGAUUUAAUUUGGAUUUGAGAAUUGUGGGUGCCAUUAAUUUAGAGAUAUAUAAUAAAGUUGAGCAAAAGAUGUAAGUUAGUUGAUCUUGAUUAUGCUAUUAUUAUUACACUUUUAUUUUUGUAAUGCACAUCUAAUCUCUUUAUCUCUUGUUAGUGGAUGGUGGGAAUGGAAUUGGGAAUUUGGAACCUCAACUGUCUGUGGGUUCCAAAUCCAAGUAGUGGGAUUUGAGAAUUUGUGUGGAAUAUCUACAUGAGAUGUUGAUGGAUAAAGAAAAAUGUUAUCUUUUUAUUCUGAUUCUUCUUUUUUAUUGAGCA